GUCAAUUACAAGCGCCGUUUGAGUUUACAGAACAGAAGACAGAAAGCAUGGCUGCGGACAUGAGAUUACCAACUAUUCGGAAACAAGUAUCGUUAUCAUCCUCUCUGUCUGCUUUGGAUGGAAAAGAUCUAGUUGUUCCCGGUGAUGUGAUCACAUCAGAUACAGGGUUUAUGAGGGGUCAUGGGACUUACAUGGAUGAAGAAAAACUAACAGCCUCUGUGGCUGGAGAGGUGGAGAGGGUGAACAAGCUCAUCUGUGUAAGGCCGCUCAAGACCAGGUUCAACGGGGAGGUUGGAGAUGUGGUGGUUGGGAGGAUCACAGAGGUGCAGCAGAAGCGCUGGAAGGUGGAGACCAACUCCAGACUGGACUCUGUGUUGCUGCUGUCCUCUGUCAAUCUGCCCGGGGGAGAGCUGAGGAGACGGUCAGCAGAAGAUGAGCUCACCAUGAGAGACUACCUUCAGGAGGGGGACCUCAUCAGUGCAGAGGUACAGUCGGUUUUCUCAGAUGGAGCGCUCUCUCUUCACACCCGCAGUUUAAAAUAUGGAAAGCUGGGGCAAGGAGUUCUUGUGCAGCUAUCUCCCUCUCUGAUCAAGAGACAGAAAACCCACUUCCACAACCUGCCUUGUGGGGCCUCCAUCAUCCUGGGAAACAACGGCUUUGUGUGGCUGUACCCCACCCCAGGACAGCAGGACGAGGAGGCAGGAGGAUACUACACCAGUCUGGAGCCUGUCUCUCUCUCAGAUCGGGAGGUGAUCUCGCGGUUGAGGAACUGCUUGCUGGCCUUGGGGGCACAUAAGGUGCUUCUGUACGACACCAGUGUGCUCUACUGCUAUGAGUCAUCACUCCCACACCAGAUCAAGGAUAUCUUAAAACCAGAGGUGAUGGAGGAGAUUGUGAUGAUGACACGUCAGAAACUUGUGGAACAGGAGGGUUAGAGUAUCAGAUGCAACCUUCCUUAUCGCAAUGGAAGGUUUGUGUUCCCUGCAUUCCAAGUUUAGGCAUCAAGGCCUUAACCACAUUGGGAACUGAACCUAAGCCCAAGGUCUGAACUCGUCUCUCAACCAGAAGAUACCGUGACCUGUAUAUCCCCUUUUUGAUACAAUCUUCUGGCUUGACCAGGAUAGGUAUUUCUCUGCUGUUUAGUUUAUUUAACCAAACUACACUGAACAAAAGUAUAAACGCAACAUGUAAAGUGUUGGUCCCAUGUUUCAUGAGCUGAAAUAAAAAAAUUCCCAGAAUUUCCAUGCGCACAAAAGUCUUAUUUCUCUCAAAUUUUGUGCACAAAUUUGUUU